AUGGUGGCUGAGAUCGUCACUGGUGAAGGUUUGUCGAUGGUGGCUCCGAGGUCGGCUCUUAGUGUUGCGAGCUCGUCGACGGUGGCUCCGAGCUCGCCGGUGAAGAUCCCGAACUCGUCGACGGUAGCUCCGAGCUCGCCGGUGGAGAUCCCGUCGACGGUAGCUCCAAGCUUGCCGAUGAAGAUCCCGAGCUCGUCGACGGUAGCUCCGAGCUCGCCGGUGGAGAUCCCGAGCUCGUCGACGGUAGCUCCAAGCUUGCCGGUGAAGAUCCCGAGCUCGUCGACGGUAGCUCCGAGCUCGCCGGUGGAGAUCCCGAGCUCGUCGACGGUAGCUCCGAGCUCGCCGGUGGAGAUCCCGAGCUCGUCGACGGUAGCUCCGAGCUCGCCGGUGGUAGCUCCGAGCUUGCCGGUGAAGAUCCCGAGCUCACUUUCUGAUAUCCCGAGCUCGUCGACGGUUGCUCCGAGGUCGGCUCCUGGUGUUGCGAGCUUGUCGUCGGUGGCUCUGAGGUCGACUCCCGGUGUUGUGAGCUCGUCGAUGGCAGUUCCGAGCUUGAUUUCGUCUGUUGCUGCAUCGGGUUCUUUAUUGGUGAAAGAAUGUGGUCGAGAUGUGGAGGGUACGAGCUUGUCGCUUGCUAUGCCGAGCUCGACGGAGCCGUGUUGUGAUGAAGUGGGGUUGAGUUCGUUGGAUGGGGAGUUUGCUCGUGAGCAGCUGUCUUUGUUGGUUCGUAAGAUGGAGCUUGCUGAUGGCCGCAAGUCGUGGUCGGAGAUUGCUGAAUCUGUUAUUUUUGCUGAGGUAGGUACACUUACGGGAAGCGAAGCAGAAGAUAGGGUAAGCGUGAGUUUGAUCGAGGAAGGGACCGAGUUUCUUUUUGAUGAGCACGGGAAAAAUUUGGUGGCAAAGCCAGGUGUUGGAGGGUCGAAACUAUCUUUGAAAAUGCCUCCUGUUGUCUCGAGUUCGUCAUCUUUGGUGAAGACGACUAUGUUGGAAACUAUCCGGGAACAUGAGCAGAUGCAGUUGGCGAAAUCCUUUCGAGCGAGAGAGUCGUCGUCGGAAACUACAAGUUCCUCUGAUGGUAGUUCGUACUCGAGUUCUCAUACUGAGGAAUCUGCGGAUGGCGCUGAUGUUGCUAAUGAAUCUGAUAACGUUGUUGGAGAUGACGGACGAGAUGAUGAUGUUGAAAACGUUGAUGUUGAAAAUGAUGGUGAUCUGGGAAGCGCCGGUGAUGAGCAGAAUGGAACCGGUGACGUUGAUGUUGAUGAGGAAAGUGAGCAAGACGAGUUUGCUAGUGACGGUGAUCGUGCCGCUGUUGAGAUGAUGACAUGGGAUAAUUUUAGUGGUGAGCAAAGCGGUGUUAGUGGUAGUCUAGAGAUCACUGUUGUAGCUGAUGGGAGGGAUGAUGCCAACGGAAGCAGUGAUCGUCGAGCCGAUAAGAAAAAGAGGGUCAGGAAGGCGAGGGAAAGGCCUAGGAGUUUCAUAGGUCGUCUUGGUAAUCAUCCGGAUCCAUCGGAGUCAUUUCCUUCUAUUGUUAGUGAGGACACAAUUAAGUGGAUCUUAGCCAACUGUUGCCGCAAUGGAGUCAUAGAAGCGCGUAUCCCUGGCGAGGAUGAACGUCCGUGGACGGUUCCGGAUGGGUGGCUUUGUGUUUAUGACUUCUGGUUCACCGAGUAUCAUUUGUGGUUUCCCCUCCCGAGGUUGCUGUUGGCGUAUUGUGAUGAACAUCUUAUUGCACUGGCUCAACUAACUCAUGAUGCUAUUCGAAACAUAGUUGCGGCUUUGUUCACAGCCGCGGAUAUUGGUGUUCACAUGAGCCUAUGUUUGUUUGAACGUAUUGCGCAUAUUACUCGGUGUGAUAAAACGGACGGGGCUUUUUAUGUGUCUAUGAAGACUGGUUGUGGUGUUGUUGGGGAGAGGAAGAGAAAACGUUAUGAUGGAUUAAGAAGUCGUCAUAUGGCUGGUGUUCCUCUUGCUCCUGGUGAUAGUGAGUGCGUGGAAUACUUUAAGGGGACGAAGGCUCGGGAAUGGAUUGUGGUUAGGCGACAGAGGUUUGGCGGUGCAUCCCGUUUAUUGACUAAGGUUGGAAAUAUGCAUUUUCUUUUGCUGGGUUAA